AUGGAGGAGAAUGUGCGACGGGCAUCGAUGAGAAAGGACACGCCGAGAGCAAUAUCACGACCAUGGCCACUGCAACGCAAAACUACUGCGCGAGAGAGAUAUUUUGCCGACUCAGCCUUCGGGCAAAGAAGACUGCAAAAUUGUAGUGGCAAGCAGCGCAUACAGAGAGACAGGGAAAAGGAGGGGCAGGAGGAGGAGGAGGAGGAGGAGGAGGAGGGAGACCCCAUCUUGCGCCUGGGGCGAAAAAGCCCAGAGGUGCGGGGGCGGGCCGCGGGCCCGCGGCGGCCGCGGCCCCCCGCGCGCGCGCCGACGCACGCGCAGAGGCGGCGCACGGCCGCCGGGAGGCGCGCCCGCGCCGCGGGGCGGUGCCCGCGAGCAGCGGGAGGCUGCCGGGUCGGGUGCCGCCAGAGGUUCUGGUUGACCCCACAGGGGGUCCAGCGAGAAGGGGCUGGAGACCGCUGGGACACGAGGAGAGGUGCCCCUGGCCUCAGAUUAUGUACAGUCGACCCGCAUCAUAAGGACGCACGAUAA